AUGUCAGACAGAGAGGUGAUGAAAGAGUCCACGCAUGACGGAAAGACUCGGACCAAAGACAAGUACCGUGUGGUUUACACCGACCACCAGCGUCUGGAGCUGGAGAAGGAGUUUCAUUACAGCAGAUACAUCACCAUCAGGAGGAAGGCGGAGCUCGCCACGGCUCUCAGCCUCUCAGAGAGACAGGUGAAGAUCUGGUUCCAGAAUCGUCGGGCGAAGGAACGCAAGAUCAACAAGAAGAAGCUGCAGCAGCCCGCCUCCUCCACGACCACCCCUCCCAACGGGAGCAACGGCAGCGGAGGGGGAGGCGGCCUCCAUAGAAAUGGAGGCAGCAGUGUCCCCAUGGUGACGAGCAGCAGCGGGCUGGUGUCCCCCUCGUCCCUGCCUCUUAACAUCAAGGAGGAGUACUGACGAGGACGCUGAUUUCAGGGAUUGGACCAAAAAUAAAUUCAUCAGACUGAAAAACGCUUUGCGUCCCGUCUCCAUGGAGAUAAAGUUCACAGAAACUUCUUCUGACGUCAGACUUUAGUUGCAGGUCGUUCGUCAGGAUGAUUCGACUGCACAGAUGAAAUCAGUCGGUUUGGUUUCAACACGGUUUCAAAAACCAUCUUCUUAUCAUUUGUUCUGUCGGUGAAAACAUUUUAUUAACUCUUGUUGUUUGAGUCGGACUUUAUUCAAAUUCACAGAACUUUAUUUGAAUGUAGAGAUCCUGCAGCCUCCAUGUAGAAUAUUUCCAUGUGAGUGAAUCCUUCUUCAUAAAGAAUCGAUUCAUCAUUUUGUUUCGGUUUGUGCGGAAAAUCUUUAAAGCUUAAAUACAAUUUUCAGAAUUCAGUUUUUAUCUUAUUUUCACAAUUCAUUAACAAAUAUAUUCUCAGGCCAUAGGGGGCGAUGAAGGUUAUUUGAGGUUAAAAACUGUCGUACAGAGCUGUGACGGAGUCGGAGCACAGUCUUACAGAUUCUUGUCGACGCUAUCACUUCUGAUUGUUUCAGCUUUGUCAGAGGCUCCGCCCACGCUGAGUCAGCUUUAAAAUUCACCCUUGUUGCUAUGGUUACGUCUGAACAGAAACUGAGACUUUAAUAAAAAGUUCUCUCCCUGAUGGUUCUUAUCAGUCACAUGACAUGACUACCGGACUAUCUACUUCCUGUUUGACAGUUGACCUACACUGGUCAUGUGAUGUGUGCUGCCCAUGAGUCUACGCUCCGCAUUAAUACAAACUGUACUGAAACAUCACUUCCACACUCCGUGCACGAUGAAUUAAUAAGUAAUUAAGAGUAAUUCACUUGACGGACAUGUUUCCUGAUCCUCGUCUGUUUCUCUGUGACGACGGUUUGUUUUUUAUUACGUUCAGAAAAUAACCUGUAAAUGUUUCUCAUCUUUAUCAUGUGAAUA